UCACCCACAACCUUCUCAGGUCAACAACAACCUUCUCAGGUAGACCGCAACAUGCGUAAACUCCCGUUUGAACAAACGAUGGUUGUUGUGAAGAUCAUGAUGACGCUACUGCUUCUGUGGCCGUCCUGUGAGGGGUACGAGGACCUGAUGUCCCAGGAGCAGGAGCUGCGGGAGAGGCUACUGCGGGGCUACGACCGCUCCUCCCUCCCCGCCAGGACUACUCAGCUCAGGCUACGACGCCUCACACUCAAACACUUCGAUAUACACGAAGACAGCCACAUUCUGGAGGUUGAUGCUUGGAUCAUAUUUGAGUGGAUUGACAGGCGCCUGACCUACCUGCCCAUCGGGGGGAUUGAAAAGCUUGCUAUGGACCCAGGCGAGAUAUGGAUGCCUGACCUCAGGCUGUAUAACAGUGCCGAGGCAGGUGAAGGUGUCUUCCGGGACGACACCUUGACGCUGGUGUACCCUGAUGGGCGAGUACUGUACGCCCCGCCAGCCAGGCUGAGGGCCGUGUGUGUGGUGGACCUCACCUACUGGCCCCACGACACUCACAACUGCUCCCUCGUUCUCGGCUCCUGGGUCCAUCAUGGCCACACCCUCGACCUCAGGCUCCUGGAUAAAGAACCCAAGGUGGAUAUUCCCCAGCGGGACGGCGAAGAAGGUGAAGGCCUCACCCGAGGGGAGUGGCGGGUGGUCGAGGCUGGGAUCACACGACACCUCAACGCCUACGACUGCUGUCCGGAGCCUUACAUCUCCCUCUGGGUCACCUUCAUCCUGACCCGAGAUGCCCCGGCCUACUCCUGGAUCAUCAAGCUCCCCGUGACAGGUCUGUCACUGCUGACGCUGGUGGUGUUCCUCCUCCCGCCAGGGGCCGGGGAGAAGCUCACCGUGGGAGGACUGUGUCUCAUCUUGGACAUGCUCUUUGUGGCCUACACCUCUCAUGUGGUGGCCCACGCCCCCUCCCACACCCCACUCAUAGUUCAGCUGGUGUGCGAACAGGUGAUUGUGGUGAUGGUGGUGCUGUUUGUGAGUGUGGUGGUGGUGAGGAUGGUGCACCACCCGCACACCGCCGGCCUCCCACGCUUCCUCACCACCCCUCUCUCCUACCUCGCUCCCUGGCUCUUCCUCUCUGACUACAAUAACUUGGUAUCUGGAUUCAGGCGGACUCUGCCUCACCUCCUCAAGUCUGAAGACGUAGAGCUGGGGACGACGACAACGACGACGACGUCAUCGUUGACGACGGUGUCGGCCUACCACUACCCGCUCACCUCUCCCCACCUGCCAGAGGCGGUCAUCAGACACGAGUGGGUGUUCCUCGCGGCAGUCCUCGACAGGAUCUGCUUCCUCAUCUACCUCCUUAUAUGCUUCAUCAACUUCAUCCGCUUCCACAGCGUUCUGUAGUGUCUCAUGGCGCCUCCUGGCUCAUGACGUCUCCUGGCUCAUGGGCGGCUCCUGGCUCAUGGGCGGCUCCUGGCUCAUGGGCGGCUCCUGGCUCAUGGGCGGCUCCUGGCUCAUGGGCGGCUCCUGGCUCAUGGGCGGCUCCUGGCUCAUGGGCGGCUCCUGGCUCAUGGCGCCUCCUGGCUCAUGGAGCCUCCUGGCUCCUGGCGUCUCCUGGCUCCUGGCGACUCCUGGGUCCUGGCGCCUUCUGGCUCCUGGCGCCUCCUGGCUCCUGGCGCCUCCUGGCUCCUGGCACCUCCUGGCUCCUGUCACCUCAUGGCAACCGUCAGCGAUCUUAUCGAGUAUUCUACCACCUUCUGUCCGUUAUCAUGGUGAAGGGGUUGCCCGGGUUCUCCGCCGGUGUACAAUAUGCUCUGAAAGACAUUUCUUAAAGUUAUCUUUACUACUCUUGGUUUCUGUUUGUUCUCUUGUGACAGCCCAACCACUUAGCCUGGAUGGUAGAGUGACGGCCUCGCUUCAUGCAGGUUGGCGUUCAAUCCCCGACCGUCCAAGUGGUUAGGCACCAUUCCUUCUCCCCCCCCCCCAUCUCAAAUCCUUAUCCUGACCCCUUCCAAGUGCUAUAUAAUCGUAAUGGCUUAGCACUUUCUCCUAAUAGUUUUCUUCCCUUGUGACAUUUCAUUCGUAAUAUUGAUUAUUAGUUUUGUUUAAUAGUUUUCUUUAGCUACAUUUGGUUUCUUUAUAUUUUUAAAGAUUUCGUGCAGAUCGUUAAGGUUAUAUUUUUAUUCUUCGACUUAUUAAAUUAUUAACGACUCUUGUCUUGGUAAGCGAUCUCAAAUGGUUUCUAAUACUUAUUGAUAUUGUCUACUCUCUUUCGUUAUAUGGCCUCUUGUAUUGUUUUAUAAUAAUAUAUAUAUAUACGGGAGUCUCUCUAUGUUUCUGAAUGGUUUCUAAUAAACUCUUUUUGUUGUUAAUUCUUAUGGUUUCUGUUGUAAACGUUGACCAUUUUUGUGGCGUCUGUGACCUCUCACUCUGUUGUUUGGUCAUACUCAGCCCUUCAUACAGACAUACAACCUUAACGUGUAUACCAUGUCUAGCACCCAUGUCUUACCCGUGGCCAGCACCUAUGUCCCGCCCACGUCCAGCACCCAUAUCUCAACCGGAUCCAGCACCCAUAUCUCAACCGGACCCAGCACCCAUAUCUCAACCGGACCCAGCACCCAUAUCUCAACCGGACCCAGCACCCAUAUCUCAACCGGAUCCAGCACCCAUAACCCAUCCACGUUCAGCACCCAUGUCCCACCCCGUCCAGCACCCAUGUCCCACCCACGCCCAGCACCCACGUCCAACACCUAUGUCCAACAUCCACGUCCAACACCUACGUCCAAUGCCAUUACCUAUGUGUCGCCAUUACCGCCAAUGGAUGUCCAAAUGAUUCAUUACCUCAGCAUAGUUCUUCUUGUCUUUGAAUAGACGAAUGUUUUCAUAAAUAAAUUUACAUAAAUCCA